GCGUUCAGCCCCUCCCCUCGUGGCGUUGAGGUAAUGGCGGAGCUGGACAUUGGGCAGCACUGCCAAUUGGAGCACUGCCGGAAGCGAGAUUUCCUUCCAUUUGUAUGUGAUGGUUGUUCACGAAUAUUUUGCCUUGAACACAGAAGCAGAGAGUCACACAGCUGUUCUGAGGUAACUACAAUCAAGGAGAAACUGAAGUCAGAUACGCAUGAACCUUAUCCAUGCUCCUUUAAGGACUGUGUUGAAAAAGAGCUUGUACCAGUCAUCUGUCCUUACUGUGAGAAGAAUUUUUGCCUGAGACACCGUCAUCAGUCAGAUCAUGAAUGUGAAAAGUUGGAAAUCUCUAAGCCUCAGAUGGCAGCCACUCAGAAACUUGUUAAAGAUAUUAUUGAUUCCAAGACAGGAGAGAUAGCAGUUAAGCGACGGAAGGGUGCAAAAAAUAGUGCAACAACUGCAAUGGUAGCAUUGAUGAAAUUAAAGAUGCAUGCUGAAGGAGAUAAGUCAUUGCCACAGACAGAAAGAAUUUACUUGCAGGUUUUCUUACCCAAGGAAAGCAAAGAGAAGAGCAAACCAAUGUUCUUUUGCCGCCGAUGGAGCAUUGGGAAGGUCAUCGACUUUGCAGCUUCUUUAGCCAGUCUCAAAAACAACAAUAACAAAUUAGCAGCCAAGAAAUUAAGGUUAUGUCACAUGACUUCAGGAGAAGUAUUACCCUUGGAUCAUACUUUGGAAAGCUGGAUUGCUAAGGAGGAUUGUCCUUUAUAUAAUGGUGGAAAUAUUGUCUUGGAAUAUCUUAAUGAGGAAGAACGGUUUUUAAAAAAUGUUGAUUCUUACUUGGAAUAGUCAUUCAAGAAUUCAAUGAGGAAAAUUCUAUAUGAAGUCAUUUCUUUUCCUGUAAAUACUAUAUGUAUUUUUAUUUUUAAAAGUUGCUUAAAUUUUUUUCCAUUGUGUCAUAAUGUCCAUUUUCAGUUCUCUGUACAUUAAAGUUUUUUGUUUUAAAGUUUAA